UUUGUAUUCAGCGGUGUGUUGUAAAAUUUUCGCUGUUUCACGAAAUAUAGUUUUCUUGAGAAAAUAACCCUAGCAGAACUAUCUAAACACAUACAUAACUAGUUUAAUUUAUGAGAUAAGUGGUCUGUGCAGUGAGUUGACAUUAAAUUUAUCAGUUUCGAGUGGAAAUUCGUGCCGCAAAUCGCGAUUGAAAAUGUCAACAAAAGCCAGCGAAGAGGAAGCCCACCAUGAUGAGAGUGACAUUACGGAUGAGUUUAUUGAUGAUGAAAGCGAUAAACCGGGAUACUUUCCCGGGAAAACUGUUACGCUGCAGAUGUUACUCGGUGCGAAUGUUUUACAGCCGGGAAAGGCGGCGAUGAGCAUCGAGUAUCUGGGUCAAAAGUUCAUCGGCGAUUUGCUGCCGGAUGGUAAGAUAAAGUCCCACGAAACGGAAACCAUCUUCUGCUCGCCAAGUGCUUGGGCCAUCUACUGCAAGCGCAUCAUCAACCCGGACAAAAAAUCCGGAUGUGGUUGGGCAUCGGUAAAGUACAAAGGUCGCAAGUUGGAUGCCUACAAAGCGGCCUACCAUCGUAAGCAACUGCAGAGGGAAAAGGACAAUAAAGAUGAUGUGACACCGAUCGAUGAUACGGCGGAAGAAACCGAAGAGGACAAGACGGCAAUGGAACCACCACCAGUUCGAAGGAAUAUCGUUCAGCACAAUACUGUUAGCAAUCGGAACAUUUUGCAUGAUGCAAACACGCUCAUCGAGUCCAUUCCAUUCACAUCUAUCGGCAAAAUGCAGCCAUUUUUGGUAUCGGUGUCUUCAUCUACGAUUCUUGUCAUGGAUUUCCAUUGCCAUCUAACGAACAAUGAAGUAUGUGGUUACCUGGGUGGUACAUGGGACAUCAACGCUCACAACUUGGCAAUCACGCACGCAUUUCCAUGUCGUAAUUCACGAUUCGAUCGUGAUAAGGCCGCAAUGUGCGAGCUGCAGAUCCAGAAGCUGAUGGUGAAGAAGAAUCUCAACCUAGUUGGAUGGUAUCAUUCCCAUCCAAGAUUCCCGGUGCAGCCAACCCUAAGGGAUUGUGACGCUCAAUUAGAGUAUCAGAUCAAGAUGAGGGGCCCAACGGAAGCCUCCUAUAUACCAUGUGUAGGAUUAAUAUGCUCUCCCUACAACGACGAUAACCUAACGCUGGAAUCUAGUGUACUAUCGUUUUGGGUUCUACCACCGCCAGAAAAUCGUCCCGCAGAGUACGGUCGUCCAAUGCUGAUGUCCUACACACUGGUCCACGACGAGAUCCUCUCCGAAGACAUAAAAGAAGAGAUGAUGCUCACAGUUGACUAUUACAAGCAGUUCAAACGUGAAUUGAUAAAUUUCCAAUCCGUCUAUAGAAAUGAACUUACGUACAUUGAAAAGUUGAAGAGAACUCUUCAAUCAAAAUUUCCGCUGGACUCGACUUCUGGACAUUUUUGGAAUUGGAUCCGUGAACUUUUAGGUCUAGAUCCGGAAGAAAUCGUUGUCAUUCCAGAACCACCGCCACCACCACCAGUGGUACCAAUUACCAUUCAGAAGAUUCCAGAACCAAUUUCUGUCCCGGCAGUUGUCAACCUAACCAAUGUAGAGGAAAGCAGCGCCACUACUGAAGCCAAGAACGACGAUGAUUUUGAUGGAGUAUCCGAGAUGGGUGAUUCUGACGUUAUUUCGCUUAAAGAUGAUGACCCCAAGGCUCCUUCGUUGGCCGUUCCUAGCCUACAAGCUCAACUGAAACGACCCUCCGGGCUUAACAUGACACCCUCUCCACUAUCCAGCGCGUUGGUUGUUUUGCCAACAAAUCUCAGCCAGAACAACAACACCGGCAACAGUAACGCUAAUAAUCACACCGGAUCUAUAACGACUAAUACGUCUUCUCCCAGAGACAGUCCCAUUACCAUUCCGUCAAACUCAGCAAGUCCGGCAAAGUUCGAGAUUCCCGUACGAGCAAGUCCAUCUCCUGCAAAAUCGGAUACUUCAUCUUGCCGCAGCCGCACUCGAAACUCCCCCGCACCAAGCCCUGGAAAACUGUCUAUCGGUGACAUUCUUGGAAGCGGAAAUCGCAACAGUCCUACUUUGAGCUCUCUUAUCGGAAACAUGGGAAGCAACGUGUCCAACAUUCACGAUCUGUAUGCGGCCACGUUUGCUUCCUUGGGAAGUUCGCUUCCCUCCAACCUACUGCCACAAGAUUAUGCAUCGCUAUUUCAGCAGAACUCGAAACGUGAUGAGUAUGGUCUAUCAGCGUUGAAUGCCCUAGCCCAAGUGGCGGCCGCAUCCGGAAUCUCAAACUCUCAAAUCAACGAGACUCUCAUGCACAGUCUCAAUCGAAGUAUGUCGUCAAAAACUGGGCAGACAUCUACUGUAACGACCAGUACAGCUACCAUGACAUCCAGCAGUGCAUCAUCCUCGGUAGCCGCAGCAGCAGCGGCCGCGGCUGCGGCUGCGAGCGGUUCAAAUUUGCCUGCUAUUCCCAACAUGAAAGAGUUCAUGCAACAGCUCGAGAAGGGCAAUUUAAGUCUGUUGAUGCAAUCUCAAUAUGCGAAUCCGCUGGCCGGUAUGACUGGUCUCACCGGGCAGGCAGGUUCUGGAUCACAUGGCGGCGCUGGAACGAGCGGUACCGGUGGAAAAUCCGGAUCAAGCCGAUCAUCCAACAAAUCACGUGCGAAAUCUCAGCAACAGUCUGUCCAACAGCAACUUCAACAAGCUCAGCAGCACUUGCUCCAGCAGCAACAGCAACAACAUCAAUCGCUCAUGGAUUACGCCGACUUUACCAGCAAGUUUGACCAAAGUAAAUUGGCCGAUCUAAUGAAAUCUCCAGAAUACUCUCAAAUGCUGCUACAGCAAGCACAGGCAUUGGGAAGUCUUGGCAGCGAGAUAUCUAUAAUCAAGAAGCCUUCCUCCAAGAACAGCUCAAAUACAUCCUCUAGCAAUGUCAACAACAGCAACAACAACAACAACAGUAACUCAACCAGCAACACCAACAAUAACAAUUCCAGUAACAAUAACAAGAAGGAUUCAGCUAGUGAUCUGAUUUCGAAACUACGCACAAUUUUCUCCACCGACUCUUAUCUCCCACCGAUGCCAACGGCCGCAGAUAUCAACUUGCUGGCAGAGCAAUCGCAGAAGGUUCCCGAAAUCCAGCAAAUUUUGAAUUCCGGUAAUUUGGACGAUAUUCAAGUGUUGCUAAAGGCCCAAUCUCUAUCCAACAAUAUGCUGGAUUUUGCUGCUUUCCAACAAGGAACAUCUGGUAUUGGCUUGAACACCGGAGCUGGUGAGGGCUCUAGCAAGGCUAGCAAAAAUGCUGCUAAAGAAGAACGGGAAAGGGAACGUGAACGGGAACGAGAACGAGAACGCGAGCGAGAGCGUGAAAGGGAACGGGAACGCGAGAGGGAACGGGAGAGAGAAAGGGAAAAUGCUGCAGCUGCAGUAGCCAUGAAUCCAUAUCUAUCAGCUAGUAAUCUUUCGGCAUUAUUCGAACCAGUACAGCGUUCCUCGUCCGGCAAAUCUGGCAGUAAAUCAGACAAGAACAAGGGUUCUGUUGAUCGCACCACCACCAACGUUGCAUCUAAUCCUGCAGAAAUGUUGAACAGUCUCUUUACGACUGCAGCUGGAGCAGCUGAUAUGAAUGCAUUACUUUAUGGACAGGGCAAAGGUGGUCCUGAUUUGAGCAUGCUCUUCGGAGCAGCUGGUGUAUGUUCAGCCCCAACUUCCUCUUCGAAUUCGAGCACAACUUCAACUGCUGCUGCAGCCGCCGCAGCCGCAGCGAAACAAAGUUUGGAUUAUCUUUCCAUGUUCCCCAAUUUUUCCGCUGCUAAGCUUCCGGAAAUGUCUGCUCUCUUCCAAUCGGACAAAUUUGAAAUUCCAGAUCCACUGGCAAAGGCAACGCUUGAAGCAAACAAUAUGUAUCUUGCUCCGUCGGCCUCUCUACUGAAGCUCCAACAAGAAGCAUUCAACUCGAUGAUGAUGAAACCUCCCAAAUCAUCAUCCUCCUCCACAUCGUCAUCCAGCAAGAUCGAAACUCCACCUCCUAUAUCGGCCUCGCCCGGUGCUCGUUCAACUCCUACUAAAUCUGCCAGCCGCGAGAGUCCAUCGCUCGGACCGAAGUACAACUUCAGUGCAGUAGACCUUGCCGUGUCCAGUGUUCCUCUAGCCGCUUCGUCGCCUCUCGGUGCUGCCGAUUUGUCCAGGAAAACUCCGCAAACUCCUCCGGUGGACAUGUCAGCUUCACCGUCCAUUCAAACUACUCCACCAGCCCCGGCUGGAUCGUCGCAAAUAUUGCCGCCGUACAAAAAGCGAAUGGAAUUCUCAUCCAUCGCUGAUCUCGUUGCAGCACCGCCCAGCAAGAUGCCAAAGCUCUCCUCGGAGAAUUUGGACCCCUAAGCGACAAUGGGACAGGUACUGAUUGUGCAAAGGUAAGAUUUUGAGCGAAUCCACUUUUACAGUAUUGAUCGAAUAGAAUUAACGUCUAUUUUAGUAUGCGUCAGACCUUAUUUUCAAAUUGAUUCAUAUUUUAUCAUUAAGUAUGACUAUACAAUGUUACACAGUUGUAUUGCUAUUAGAAGAUCUAUGGAAACUUUCGACUUUCGUAAACAAAUUAAACCCAGCAGUUCUGAAGGUAGCCAAUACAAUUCUGAUAAUUUCAUCGAAGCAGCAGCAUUUUUUAUUUUCUUAAUUUCUACAAUUUGCGUCAAAAUAGAACACAUCUUACUCUAGAAUUUUGAAAUUUUCGUAUUGUAUUAGUUACAGUAAUAAUAAUCAAAGUAUUGAA